AUGGUGGAGGAUGUGAUGGAGAAAGGCGAGGAGUUCAAGGAAAAGCUGUUCCGGAAUCACAUAAUGGAGGAGCUUAACGAGAAGAAGGAACACUUCGUGGAUGGGAUGCACGACGCCGGUGCGUUCAUCCAGGAGGAAUACCGCGAGAAACGACAACAUAUCGAAGACGAACUAAAGGAGCGGGGGGAACAGCUCAAGGAGCGCAGCGAGCAACUCAAGCAGUCUUUCAAGGAGAAAGAAGGCAAAUGCAUGUAUUAUAUUGGCGAGAUCUGUUUGCUGUUGCUGGUUGAGCUGAUUGCGGUGGCCUUGAUGUACAUUCUCAUCAAGAUUCUCAUUCGCGACCUCCCUGUGCCGUGA